CUUGCCCCGUUAAACCCUUCAGUCUCAGGAUUGGUGCUCCCAACCCGUAUACCCAAACCCUAACCCUAUCGGUUUCUUUCCAGACAUCCGGGGUUUCGACUGCGCCCCUUUCCAGAACUCCAGGGUCGCAGUCGCCACGGCAUCCAUGGCUUCCGUCUCGAGCCGGAGCCUGGGCACCUGCUCCGUCUCGGCCUUCGGUCUCUCUUCUCCCCCCUUGGUCUCCAAUGGCCGGAGAGCUGUGCCGUUUAGAAGUUCGUUUUCGCCCAAAUCCCUGAUCCCAAGGAAGGGGUUUCCUUCUGCUGGCCUGAAAUGGAAACUGGAGAAGAGGGAGUGCCGAAUGGUGGUCCGAUGUGAGGCGGCGGUUGCGGAGAAGGAAGCGGAGGAGGCGUCUGGCGAGAAGUUUGAGUACCAGGCCGAGGUCAGCCGCCUAAUGGAUUUGAUAGUUCAUAGUUUGUACAGCCACAAGGAAGUAUUUCUUCGCGAACUUGUAAGUAAUGCAAGCGACGCACUGGAUAAGCUGAGAUUUUUUAGCGUGACUGAUCCUUCUCUACUUGGUGAUGGUGGUGAGUUGGAGAUACGCAUAAAGCCUGAUCCAGAUAACGGGACAAUUACAAUCAUUGACACUGGUAUUGGAAUGACCAAAGAAGAACUUAUCGAUUGCCUUGGGACCAUUGCCCAGAGUGGAACUUCCAAAUUCUUAAAGGCUCUCAAGGAGAACAAGGAUGUUGGGGCAGACAAUGGCCUAAUUGGUCAGUUUGGUGUUGGAUUCUAUUCGGCCUUCCUUGUUGCAGACAAGGUUGUUGUGUCAACAAAGAGUCCAAAAUCAGAUAAGCAGUAUGUCUGGGAAGCAGUGGCUGACAGUAGCUCAUAUGUGAUACGAGAAGAGACUGAUCCCGAGAAGUUACUACGGCGUGGAACUCAAAUUACCCUCUAUCUUAGACGAGAUGAUAAGUUUGAAUAUGCGGAGCCCAUCAAGAUCCAGGGAUUGGUCAAGAACUACUCACAAUUUGUGUCCUUCCCCAUAUACACAUGGCUGGAGAAAUCAAGAACUGUAGAGGUGGAAGAAGAGGAACCUCCAAGACAGGGUGAAGAAGCAAAGCAAGAGGGUGAAAAGAAGAAGAAGAAAACUGUUACUGAGAAGUAUUGGGACUGGGAAUUGGCAAAUGAAACAAAGCCUAUAUGGAUGCGAAAUUCAAAAGAAGUUCAGAAAGAUGAAUACAACGAAUUCUAUAAGAAGACAUUUAAUGAAUUCUUGGAUCCUCUUGCAUACACCCACUUCACCACAGAGGGGGAGGUGGAAUUCAGAAGUGUUCUUUACAUACCAGGAAUGGCACCUCUUAACAAUGAAGAUGUAAUAAAUCCGAAGACAAAGAAUAUUCGUUUAUAUGUCAAACGUGUAUUUAUUUCAGAUGAUUUUGAUGGCGAGCUGUUCCCUCGUUACUUGAGCUUUGUGAAGGGUGUAGUGGAUUCGAAUGAUCUUCCUCUCAAUGUUUCUCGUGAGAUGCUUCAAGAAAGUAGAAUUGUGAGAAUUAUGCGGAAAAGGCUUGUCAGGAAAACAUUUGAUAUGAUCCAAGAAAUCUCUGAAAGCGAAAACAAGGAGGAGUACAAGAAGUUCUGGGAGAACUUUGGAAAGCUUAUCAAACUAGGGUGUAUUGAAGACUCAGGAAAUCACAAGCGCCUUGCUCCUUUGUUGCGCUUCUAUUCUUCCAAAAGUGAGGAAGAUAUGAUAAGCUUGGAUCAAUAUGUGGAGAGUAUGGCUGAGAACCAGAAGGCUAUCUAUUACUUGGCCACAGACAGCUUGAAAAGUGCCAAAACUGCGCCAUUCUUAGAGAAGCUGAUCCAGAAAGAUAUUGAAGUUCUAUAUCUGGUAGAGCCGAUUGAUGAGGUUUCUAUUCAGAACCUACAGACCUACAAAGAGAAAAAGUUCGUUGAUAUCAGUAAGGAAGAUCUAGAAUUGGGUGAUGAGGAUGAGGUACAAGAAAGAGAAAACAAGCAGGAGUACAAUCUUUUAUGUGAUUGGAUAAAGCAACAACUUGGUGAUAAGGUAGCUAAAGUCCAAGUGUCAAAGCGACUAAGUUCUUCACCAUGUGUUCUUGUCUCUGGCAAAUUUGGAUGGUCUGCAAACAUGGAAAGGCUUAUGAAGGCACAAACCCUUGGUGAUACAUCAAGCUUAGAAUUCAUGAGAGGAAGAAGAAUAUUGGAAAUCAAUCCAGAUCAUCCCAUCAUCAAAGACUUGAAUGCUGCUUGCAAGAAUGACCCGAGCAGUGAUGAAGCUAAGAGAGCGACCGAUUUAUUGUACGAUACUGCCUUAAUCUCAAGUGGAUACACUCCUGACAGCCCUGCCGAGUUGGGGAGCAAGAUUUAUGAGAUGAUGGCGAUUGCACUUGGUGGAAGAUGGGGAAGACUGGAAUCUGAAGCAGCCGCAGAAGAAGCUGAUGCGGAAGUAAGAACUGAAGCAGGCUCUGGUGAGGCGACUGAGGCGGAGGUGGUUGAACCUUCGGAGGUGCGCAUGGAGAGCGAUCCAUGGAAGGAUUGAUCAUUUUUUUUUCCGCAGGAUAUUAUCUUUUAGUAUCAAUUCUGUACGAGUGUGAGUUGGGGCAAAUCAAAUUUUGUUGCCUGAAGUUGAAAUCAUCGAGUUGAGGAAGUGAUUGGAUGCAUUGUUGGCCUUUGCACUUCAAAUUUUGGCGGCUUUUGUUCGUUUCUUAAGCGAGCUGUCAUUUUCGAACAAUAAGAAAAGAUGAAGAGAAGUUAUUUAUGCCGGUUCUGAAAUUAUGGUGUGUAAAAAAGCCUUUUUUUAUUAUU